GAAAUGAAGGAGCAGCUGAAAGAACUGGUUGGUCUCUUGAGGCAGAGUGAAACUCGGAGAAAAGAGGUGGAGAAGGAGCUCAAAUUGAGAGAGCAAUCAGCUGCCGUUGCGCUUGCCACAUCUGCAUCGAAUUCACCCGGAUCACUAAAAAACACACUUGACGACAUGAGUGGCCCAUUGUCUCCAGUAGCUGCACCUGCUCAAAAGCAGCUGAAAUAUUCUCCUGGUAUUGCUAAUGGACAAGUCAGGGAAGCAACAUCAUAUAUUGAUCCGAAAAAGAUGGUGCCGCUUGGACAGUUGUCAAUGAAGAAAUUAGCAGUUGCGGGACAGUCUAGUAAGCUAUGGAGAUGGAAGAGGAGUCAUCACCAGUGGAUUUUACAGUUCAAAUGGAAAUGGCAAAAACCAUGGAGAUUGUCAGAAUGGAUUAAGCAUUGCGAUGAAACAAUUGUGAAGACAAGGCCUCGGCCUCAGGCGUUGAAAGAUAUGAUUUAACUUUCUUCAUGAGGUGCUUUUGUAUAAUUUGACCUCCACGUACAUCCACGCAUACGUCAGAGUUAGACUAGCAAUACCCUAUGUAGAUUAGAAGAAUGCUAUAUACAGUGGCCCGUUAUGUAUUUUAAUGUAUAUCAUGGAGAAAAUUGGUAUGCUGGUGAAUUGGAUGCAUUGGUCUUCAAUUCUGUAGAAGUGAUUUGUUUGGCUCAAGGGAGCAUCUUGUAAAGCUGUGAUGAUGCUACCAGUUGUAUGCCAGAGCAGUCAAGGAAGAGCACAGAACUCAGAAAUCUGAUACUAAGUUGUCUUGUUCCAUCUGACAGCUUCUAACGCUCGUUUCUUAAGGUUUUCCUUUGUGAAUAAGAAGGAUUUCUUUGACAAUUGAUAGGACAUAUGUAAUGGGGAUGAAGGGUGGUUUUUAUUUCCCUUUAUUGUUGUGGUUUUGGUCUUUAGGCAGUCUGUUAUAGUCUGCAGUGUGUGUAAUCACAGUAUUAAUUUUGUUAAUAUAUUGAAAAGUUAAUCCUUUGUAUUAGUGUUUGAUUUUUCAUGUUUGAUGUAUGUACCACAUUAAUGAUUGAUUAUAUUAGAAGUGAUUGAUUACAUGGCA